GGUUGGAUGGGAGAUCAUAGUGAUGUCAGGACAGGGAGGGCUUACCGCAGGAGAUAAGGCCAGCUAAUGGAGAUGAAGUGAAUCGGUAUUUAAAAGGUCUCUCUUAGUUAAGGCACUUUGCUGGCAGCAGAUUGUGCUCACUCCGCUGCCCAGUUGGAUGCUGAAGGAGACACAGAGGAGAGACGAGCUCUUAUCGGUUUGAAGUUACCUUCAGGUUGUAUUUUUGUUUUUUMUUUUCACCUGAAUUGCAGUUUCACCUGAAAGCUCUUGCCAAGGUAAAGGAUUCCUGUGGAGGUCAAAGGUGGUGUGUUUGUGAUGACCCCCCGGGAGCAGCUGAGGAAGAUGACGGCGCUGGGCGAACAGGGGACUCUGGAUGAGAAGCACUGGUACCGGCUGGUCAACGGCAUGUCAGCUGGAGAACUGAGGCAAAGACAGGAGCUGAUAAUGAGGAACCAGAUGGCCAUGGCGCCGCAGAUCCUCGCUCAGGGCCAGCAGAGGCUGCAGGGGGUCCCRGCACAGUUCGAACCUCGAUUUAUGGAGAGGGAGCUGGUUCCUCCCACAGAGAUGGUAACAUCCGAGGCGAGGCAGAUGCACAUGGGGCCUCACCUGGGCCCACCUCUUCCGCCCCACGCCAACGUCCUGCCUGGCAGAACCUUCCCGGGACCAGCUGGCUACGGCUUCCUGCCCUCGGAACCAAUGGAAACGGUUGCCCGGCGACAGGAGCUCAUACACAAGCAAAACAUAGCAAGGAUGGAGAUGAAUGCCAUCCUGCACCAGAAGGAGCUGGAGAACGCUCACCAAAAAGGGCUCAUGGGGAUGGAGAAUCCUAUGUCGUACCAUUCCAACCCCAUGCUCUUCAGAGGCCGCCAGCGCGUGCCGGACGGCCACGACGUCUUCGUCCACCGUCCCUCCCUGGAUGAGCUGCACUCCAACAGCAUACUCAUGUCGGCCAGCCCCUACCCACCCAUCAGCUCGCUGCACAGGGAGAGAGGUCGGAGGGCUGGGCGGAGGCCCGCCGUCCACAAGARCACGGAGAACCAGGCGGCCAACCUGAAGGGCCAAACUGAAGACAAAAGUGUAGAGCAGAGUCCAGAGGCCACAUCUGGAGAGGAGAAAGAGCUGGAAGCGAAGGGGGACGUGGGAGAAGAGUGCGGCACGAGUAAAACACACCACCAAACGAAAACAGACUCUGAGCUGGUCGCAGGAAGCAGGAAGAGCUACAAAGAGGGAGAGGCCGGGCUGCGUAAGACCUGCGCCGCGGCUCAGGACGGGUGUUCAGAUAUGACCAACGGGGCUUCGAAUGAUAAAGAAAUACCCGGUCAGUGUUCUGCUUUCCAGGAAAAAUUCAUUUACCCUUCCACCGGCGGCGCUCUCACAGGGAUGCCUUAUGUCUUCCCUGUCCCAGGAAAUGGCUUCCUUCCAACUGGUCCACCAAAUCUCUUUCUAAACGGCGAGGAAGUACCAGAGGACAUAAGGAAGUGGACGGUGAACGACGUCUACAACUUCAUCAGCAGUAUCCCAACAUGUUCAGAAUACGCUCAGACGUUUAAGGACCACAUGAUUGAUGGAGAAACACUGCCGCUCCUUUCAGAGGAACACCUUCUGGACACGCUGGGGCUCAAACUAGGACCGGCUCUGAAAAUACGAUCACAGGUCUCCAGAAGAAUGGGCAGCAUGAUGUACAUGCUGAACCUACCUCUCUCCGGCGCCGCUCUGCAGGCCACCUCCGAAAAGCCCGGGGACCGCUCGCCAGAAAUGGGCUCGCCCGUCAACUGCAACAGCGAGGAUAUGGUGGCAAGCCCAAGAGACCCAGAGGUCAUCAAAUCCACGGAGCAUCUUCACGAGGCGGAAAACAGUUCCCCUCCUUCAGCCAGCAGUGAGAUGGCCUGAUCUCUGCAGGCCAUCUCAAUAUGAACUGAACCAGGUUCUGGCCUGAAGAGCUGUUUYUUUUGUUUACAUCAUGAGUUAGUGUUAACGAUGGUAUUUUCUGCUCAAUAUGCCCAUACAUGUACAUAGUAAAAAAAAAAAACAUUAUUAUUUUGCAUUAUGAAGUGAUGCAAUAUUCUUCUCUUUCAAUUUUAUACAUUAUAGUUUCUGAUUGUAGGUGUUAAUUAUUUUUCUAAGCUUUGUUUAUUCAGCUGAGCUAAGAAUAGAAAUUAUAUGCUCUGCAAAAACACCAAAUCUACCCAAAAAAGUAUUUCUGUUCUAGUUUCAAGUACUUUACCAAUAUUCAAGAAUUACUGACUUAAAAGAAGCUAUUAUAUAUUGCUUAAAAAUUACUUUGAAAUUAGUUUUUUCGUGUUUCAAAUGCACUUAGAUAUUUGCACAAGAAACUAGACAAAAAUACUGGAAAGAUUUUGUGUUUUUUCAAUUUGAGAAACAUUUAACAAUUCAACAAUGGCUCAUUUGUGCAUUUUGCAUCUGCUGUUUGAUACUUUUUUGCAUUUGUUUGAUUAAAAAUAAAGUAUUUUUCUACAAAUUAA